GUUUUUAUGCUGGUUUGGCACCACUGAUUUGGGUGUAGCAGCGCAAGGGAAGGCACAUUGGGAUUUGCUGUCCUGGAUUCCUGGAUUUUAGAGCUGCUGACUUCACUACCCCAUCCCCCUCUCAGACAGCCCGUCGGCUCCAGUAAAUGUCACAGUCAAACACCUGAAAGCCAACUCGGCCGUGGUCACUUGGGAUGUCCUGGAAGACGAAGUUGUCAUUGGAUUUGCCAUUUCCCAACAGAAGAAGGACGUGCGGAUGCUGCGCUUCAUCCAGGAGGUGAACACCACCACCCGCUCCUGUGCCCUCUGGGACCUAGAGGAGGACACUGAGUACAUUGUGCAUGUCCAGGCCAUCAGCAUCCAAGGCCAGAGCCCUGCCAGUGAGCCAGUCCUCUUCAAGACCCCCAGGGAAGCUGAGAAACUAGCCUCUAAAAAUAAAGAUGAGGUGACGAUGAAGGAGAUGGCCAAGAAGAACCAACAGCUGCGAGCGGGGGAAAUUCUCAUCAUUGUUGUGGUGUUGUUCAUGUGGGCAGGGGUGAUCGCCCUGUUCUGCAGACAGUACGACAUCAUCAAAGACAACGAGCCCAACAACAGCAAGGAGAAAGCCAAGAGCGCCUCGGAGAACAGCACACCCGAGCACCAGGGCGGGGGCCUCCUGCGGAGCAAAUUUCCAAAAAACAAGCCCUCAGUGAACAUCAUCGAAGCAUGACAGCCUGACACCUGAGAGAUGGACUCCAUCCCUCACUCUCACUCUGCCUCUGAGCCGUGAUGACUGGGGAGGUGAAACAUCGUCGGAGCGAUUUGCAAAACAAGACCUCGUGAUUGUCACUCGCUGGCAUCCACCUCCUCAUCCGUGUUCUGCAAAACAUCAGGCCAGGAAGGGAAAUCCUGCAGGAAAAAAAAAAAAAAAAAGAAAAAAACAAACCCGAGAAAAUAAACCCUGAGAUCCAAACAAAGAAGAUGGAGAAGAAUCAGUGAUGCCGGAGCGAUCCGUGAAUCACCUGGGUUGGAGCAACGCCUCCCACGCUCCUCUCCACCCUCGAGCUCCAUCUUCUGGGACAGUUUUCCUGGUUUUUGGGAAUGCACAAGGUUCUGUUGUGUCUUUCUCUGGUCUCACUGGCACUCCAUCCUGGCAGUAUUCCCAGGCAUCAGGCACAUCCCUCUCCCGAGCAGGAACGGAGGGAAGCUCAUGGCAAACGCCACCGAGAAGCCGAAUUUUGGCCGCUGCGUGCUCGGGCCUUGCUUUGUUCAUCGGUGUGUGUCGUGUAACACGUCUUGCAGGUGGGUUUUUCAAACAAAACAAAACAAAAGGCAUCCCCCAGUUUUCAUUCCCACCAGGAGAAUUUCCCUGGUUGUUCUCCGGGCAGGCUGCAGCACAUUCUCCACUGCUGCUGUCUCUCCUCUCUCACACUGGUGCUCUUCACCUCAGAAAAAUCGGGGAACACUGAGGCACAGACCAACACGAGGGGACACCAGAAGCUGUUAUUUAGCUUCCAGGAUAAUUUCAACCAUUUUCUUCGUGGUAUUUUCAGCCUGGGCCUGAGUCCACCACCAAUGGGAUAAAAGGUCCAUGAAAAUGUAGCCAGUCAGCAAAAAAAAAAAAAAAAAAUAAAAUAAAAGAAGAAACAAAGAAAAAGACAAAAUACCUGAUGGUACCGGUUGCUAUGCAAGGUCUCCAGGAGCAAGAGCUGUUUAUUGUGGAAGGCUCUGGCCUGAGGGGCCUUUUUCUGAGGGCUUAAGUUCUUAAAAUGCUUCUUUUAGUAAAGUUUCCCUGUGGGAAGGGCUGGUUCUCCUGAUGGAACGGCAGGAGCCUGCUGGAGACAGCCCUUCCCAAAAAGGGAUGAGGAUGGAUGGGAAAGGGGCUGGGCUUCUCCCCUCUCUUAGGAAGUGCUGGAUGUUUGUAAGCUGACAGGAUCCCUGGGGAUUGCUGGUGCUCUGGAAAGCUGGGAGAUGCAGGACCAUGACAUGGAAAAGAUUUAUUCUUUGUAGUGUGCCAUGGGGGUAUCUGUAUUUAUUUAAUUCCUCCACAAGACCACUCCAUAUGCACUUAGGGGAUGAGGCAGGAUCUGACUUGUUCCAUCAAAUGCCAACAGGGGUUGGCCUGAGGAAGGCUUGGAGGGGCCUGGGUUGGGAAUCCCUGCAAAGAACCAGGCUGGCAGUGAGGAGCUGCCAUCUCUCCUCUUCCACUGUCACCAGCUUUUCCCAAAGAGCUGGUUUGGGAGAAAAGCACGGGGAAGUUCUCCUGCAGAUGUGCUGGUUCCAGCCAGGCCAGCCCCAAAGGUGUCUCCAGGAUCCUUUGCCUGAAUAUACUCUUCCAUCACCAAGAAGGAGAGGUCACCACCUCUGAUACAGACAGAGCAAUAAACAUUUUAUAAUGUACAAUAAAAGAUUAAAG